UUGCUACCCAAAGUGGAGUGUAUAUAAAAACCCUCGAUCGGAAAACGCAAAUGACUAAAUCCAAUCGAGACGCCAUUCCAUAGAAGAGAAUGGCGAUGCAACUGACUCACAAAGCAGAAGCCGAGAUCUACCAUGGCGACGCUUUCUGCAAGCAAAAAUCUCAAGAGCUACUCGAUCAAUUCUUUCUUCCCCGUGGCCUCCUCCCCUUAAACGACAUCAUCGAGGUCGGCUGCAAUCGGAGCUCCGGCUUCAUCUGGCUCAAGCAGAAGAAGAAAAAGGAGCACCGGUUCGCCGCCAUCGGACGCACCGUCUUGUACGACACCGAGGUCACCGCCUUCAUCGAGGACCGCCGCCUCCGCCGCCUCACCGGAGUUAAGACCAAGGAGUUUAUUCUUUCGAUCACCGUCUCCGAUAUUUUUAUUGAUGAACAGAACACGAGUAGAAUCACGUUCGGUACUCCGAGUGGGAUUUCCAAGUCCUUCCCGGUCUCUGCUUUUCAGCUUCAAGAAGAUAACGAUCAGAAAAGGUGAAGAUCCUCUGAGAUUGGACGAAAGGUUCGGUGAAUUCUACGAAAUUUCGAGUCAAUUCGGGUAUAAAUGCAUAGGAAAUGAAUAAUUUGAUGAUCGUAUGAUGGUUAGGGAAUAAGUUGACUUAAAAUUAGGGCACAAAUCUCCUGCUUAUUUUAGCUCAAAUCAUCUGAAUUCGGUUGGACGAAAAUGAAAUUACAAAUGUUAUCAUUCUAGAAGUAGGAAUUACUCUCUGAAUUAAUUUCUGAAUUAAUCUUCAAUUGCAAACUCCAUACAUUCCGUUGAGAAAUAUACAAUUGCUAAUCCAAUUUCACCUGA